ACACCGUAACAGUCACAUCAUACGUUAUAAGUACAUUUUUAAAAAUUAACAUUAAUAAUUUAUUUCAUUUUUAUGAAUGAAAAAUAAUUUUAUUUGAAUAGUGAAUAAUUAUAAAUAAAAAUGGCGGAUUUGAAGCGUGUUUUGUUUGGAAUUUUUCUACUGUUUUGUUCGUGUGAGGCGUACAGGAUUUUAACUAUUUUUCCUGUGCCCAGUACUAGCCAUGGCAUCCUUGGAGACAACAUGGUUAAACAUCUUCUAAAUGCUGGACAUGAGGUUACAUACAUAACACCUUUUAUUAAUAAGAAGAAGUACGAUCAUCCGAAUCUGAAAAUAAUUGAUGUCUCUGCUAAUGAAGAACAUUUUGAUGGUCACUCCCACCUACCUGAUAAUUUAAUGCGUACUAUAGUUGUACCAAUCAUCAAAAAUAAAACUGGUGAUACAUCAGAUGUAAACAACUAUAGACCGAUCUCUCUGGCCACAGUGAUCGCCAAAGUACUGGACAGUCUGCUUGGUCAGCAACUGGAUAAACACGUCUCGCUAAGAGACGCGCAGUUCGGCUUUAGGCCUGGGCUUUCUACCGAGAGUGCUAUUCUGUGCCUCAAGCAGACUGUACGGUAUUACACGACUAGGAGGACCCCAGUAUACGCUUGUUACCUUGAUUUAUCGAAAGCAUUCGAUCUUGUAUCGUACGAUAUUCUGUGGGGGAAAUUAAGGGAUGAAACUUGCUUACCUAGGGAAAUUGUGCGGUUAUUCAUGCAUUGGUAUAGCAAUCAAAAGAAUUUUGUUAGAUGGGCCGGAUCUCGCUCGGAGGAGUACAGGCUGGAAUGCGGGGUGAGGCAGGGGGGGUUGACCUCUCCCACGCUCUUCAACCUGUACGUCGACCGAUUGAUCGAUGAGCUCAGCAACACCGGCAUCGGGUGUCAUAUAGAUGGAGUGUGUGUGAAUAAUAUCAGCUAUGCAGACGAUAUGGUGCUGCUGAGCCCAUCGAUUGGUGCCUUGCGCGGGCUCCUGAAAAUUUGCGAGUCCUACGCGGUGGCUCAUGGGCUCAAAUACAACGCGAAGAAAAGUGAAAUAAUGAUUUUCAGACCAGAUAACAAGCGUUACAAUUUUGUUCCAAAUUUCACUUUAUGUGGCAUAGCUCUGAACAAAGUCGAGCAAUUUAAGUAUUUGGGCCACUGGGUCACUGAGGACCUUAAGGAUAGUGUGGAUAUUGAAAGGGAGCGUAGGGCGCUGUGUGUCCGGUGCAACAUGUUGGCACGUAGGUUUGCACGGUGCACGGGGAUUGUCAAAGUUGCGCUCUUUAAGGCGUAUUGUCAGUCUUUUUACGCCUGCGGCCUGUGGGUUGACUUCACGCAGCGGACAUACAGCGAUCUGCGCGUUCAAUAUAAUAACGCGUUCCGGGUGCUGAUGGGGCUGCCGCGGCACUGCAGCGCUUCUGCGAUGUUCGCGACUGCUAACACAGACGGCUUUCCAGCCAUCAUGCGCAAACGGUGCGCUUCAAUCAUGCGCCGCAUGCGCGACAGUCCCAACGGCAUCUUGUGCGCGCUGGCGGAUCGUAUCAAUCCUGGUCCAGAGGAAAAAUUAUACGCAGAACUCGUAGCUCCAAUUCUGAAAUCUCAAGGAAAGCCAGUGCCAAACUAUGAGGAACUCAAAUAUAACGCUUCUUUAGUAUUAGGUAAUUCGCAAGUGGUAUUCGGCAACCCUGUACCUUUACCACCAAACUACCAGCAUAUCGGAGGCUACCAUAUUGAUGAAGAUGUUAAGCCUUUACCAGAGGAUCUGAAGAAGUUAAUGGAUAAUGCCAAAAACGGUGUUAUUUACUUCAGUCUUGGAUCUAACGUCAAAAGCAAAGACUUGCCAGAGAACAUGAAAGAAGGUCUCUUGGAGUUGUUUGGAAAACUCAAACAGACCGUUAUUUGGAAAUUAGAAAAGAAUUUGGACAAUCCGCCUAAGAACGUGCAUAUAGUGCAGUGGGCACCGCAGCAGAGUUUGUUGGCUCACCCGAAUCUAGCACUGUUCAUAUCACACGGCGGUCUUCUAUCAGUCACUGAAGCUGUCUACUUCGGCAAACCUUUCAUCGCCAUCCCAGUCUUCGCUGACCAGUUCCUCAACGCCAACAGCUUCCAGAAGAUGGGUGCAGCUGUUAAAGUGGACCUUACUUACAAUUUACAUAAGGACUUGGAAAUUGCUUUGAAUAAAGUUCUGCCAGAACUACCGAAGUACACAGCAAAAAUAAAAGAGAUUUCUGCAGCCUAUCAUGACAGUCCGAUGAAGCCAAAAGACGCGUUGAACUUCUGGGUGGAGCACGUGGUGCGCACGCGCGGUGCCCCGCACCUGCGCUCAGUGGCGCUACAAGUGCCGCUGUACCAGCAAGCGUACCUAGAUCUGUUAGCUGUACUACUAGCAGCUGCUGUUAUUAUAUUACUAGUGAUUAGGAGAAUUUUAAGUUUAUUUACAUCAGAGAGUCCUAAACUGAAAAGGAAUUAAAAUGCUCCAAAUAUUGUACAAAUCCCUACGAAACUUUGCAUGAAGUUUGUUUAAAAGCAUGGAUUAUUAAUUUUGGCCAGAUUUCAAUGGUGAUGUACUUAUCUAAGUCGCAGGCCACGCUAGUGCGAUGCGUCGUCUACAAUGGGUGGAAAAAACAAUCAUGUGGGUGGACCGGGUGCGCUACGUUGGAGCAACUAGCAGUCCCCAUUCAGCCGCCAUGGUUAUUUUGCGAAUGCAUACUGGAGGCAGUUUAGUGAAUAAUCUCGCGUAUGCUUGAUGUAACCAGAUUUAAUGACCUAUAAACUUUUUAAUAAUACUGCUAAACAAUUGUGACUGACAAAAAGAUGAUAAUGGACGUGCAGUUUUUUUCGAUCCAUGCUUGAACAAGUUAAUUAUAACUUAUUUUGUGUGCUAACGUGAUGACUUGUAGAAUUAAAGAUUUAGUUUGGUUUGCGUGUAUUGGAGUUUUAAGUGAUAUUAUUUAUUAGUAUGUCAUGAUCAUGAAGUAGAUACAAAGUGAUUGUCUGAUACAUUUUGGUAUCUGAAUUAUAUUUAGUGUGUGUUUUAAUAUUUGUUGUUCUCAUUUUAUUCUUUAUCUAUAUUCAGCUUGGACGAUGAUUACGUAAGCAAGGGACGGUAAAAUAAAACAAGUUUAAAUUAUGUCAAAUUUAAAUUCAUAAUAUAAUUGAGGUCAUAGAUAUAAUGGCUCAUCUUGGUGGAGCCACUAUCAUGGUUUCAGAUAUGAUUACAUGUGUUAUUUAAAGUUUAUUUUAAUUAUAAGGUACUUAAUUACAAGCGAUUGAAGUAAUUAAGUUAAUAAAAGUAUUUAAUGU